AGGAGAAACACAAUUACACCUCUGGGCAAAAGGAUUCCGGAAACUUAUUUAGAAGUCCCCAAUCAAUGGAAGAAUACUUUGAUGAUGUCUUCAAUUCAGCGGGCCACGGGUUCAUGGUGGGCGUAAUCGGGGGAUCCACCUUCCACUUCUUCAAGUCCCUUUGUAACUCUCCAACCCAUAUCGCUACCGCUUGCAACGCCGUUCGCCUCAAUGCACCCCGCCUCGGGGGCAAGGUUGCCGCCUGGGCUACCCUCUUCACUGCUUCCUACGACGCCUUGGUUUUUGUUCGUCAGAAGGACGACCCUUGGAACGGCAUAUUUGCCCCGGCCAUCAGCAGCGGGCUGCUCUCCUUGUCCCGCCGCAGUCUCAGAGCCUCCGCAUGCUUCACCAUUUGUGGUGCUCUCUACGGCACAGCAGGAGAGGUCAUUCCAAUCAUGAGGAACAAGUUCGAGGCCGAUUGCAUGCUUGAGAAAUUGAGGAAGGCAGUGGUGAGUGGUUUAGGGCGUGAGAUACCUUCACCAAAUGGAGGGGCCAUUAAAGGAGCUAUUCAAACUGAUGCAGAUAUUAAUGGAGGAAACUCAGGAGGACCAUUGAUGGACUCAUACGGCCAUGUUAUUGGCGUAAACACAGCAACCUUCACCAGAAAAGUAACUGUUAUGGGGAUGCUAUUCUUCACUAAUAUUCCAACUCCCCAAGAAUACUUAUUUUGCUUUUUUUUUGACGCAAUUUCAGGGUGCGGAAUGUCAGUUAUAGGUUUUGAUCAACCAUGUUCCAUAUCUAUCAUUUGAUAACGAAUGAAUCACAUGUUUGAUUGAUGUUCACACAAAAACCUUUACAAGCAUGCUAAAUUACUAGCAGUUUUAAACGUCAAGAUUUAUAAAGAGUAGUUAUUA